CAGAGACUAUCUGGGGAUAACAUGGCCACCUCCACCACCCAGGCACAGGAACUCAUAACCUGUGACCUUUGUGUCAAACCUGUCCAGCAAUUCUGUAACAGCUGCCAAGUCAGUCUGUGUGAAGACUGCAUCAAUAAACAUGUCAACAGCCUCAAGUCCAUGAAGCAUGACAUUGUUCCUUUCACAAAGCGUACAGUACAGCUUGUGUUCCCUCAGUGUACAUCUCAUUCCCACCAGAGAUGUGAGGCCCACUGUCAACAGUGUGAUGUCCCAGUCUGCAUCAAAUGUCUCACAGGUCAACAUAAAGGUCACAUGUCUGAAGACAUGGCAGAUAUAAUUACCAAAAUGAGAGAAAAAAUUAAAAGAGAAACAGAAGAAAUUGAAGGCAUUAUUCCCAACAACAGAGAAAAAGAUACAGAUGCUGAAAAUGAAAUUUCAUGUUCCACAGCCCACUUUGUACAACUGGAGAUACAAGCUAAAAAUCAAAGGAAACAAUGGCACCUAGAGGUGGACACCAUCUUUAACAAAAUUGAAUCCCUGAUCCUUUCAAUAAGAGAUCAACAUAUUACAACUCUAAAAUCAUGCCAGUCCAAAAUCAGACGUCAGAAUUCCAGUAUGAUCCAAACUGUUAAGGAAAACAAAGAAAUCCUGAAAUCCAACAAAGUGUCUGAUGUCAACAACUACAAAUCCAAACUAAAGGAAUACGAAAACAUUCCACAAAUACCUGAUUUAUCAUUGCCCUCUCUUCAAACAAACACAGUCCAAGGGAGAGAACUCAGCAUUGAAUUAGGAGAAUACAAGGCUACAUUGACACAGACAUCACUAUCCAGUCUGACAGAUGAAGUCUCCUUCUUAUAUGUUAAAAAAUUAUUAGAAGAAGCCAAAUUGAUUGCAAACAUUCCAACAAAUGUUAAAAAGUUAAAUAAAGUGGCCUGUGUAGGAUCAGAUAAAGCUUGGGUUAGUGGUAGAGACAAAAGGAUAACCCAUGUGGACAUACAUGGAGCUGUACAAGACAUUGUCACCAGUACAUGUAAGGACUUCCCUAAUGACAUUACAGUGAACAGACAGAAAGAACUGAUAUACAGUGAUGGUCCCAAUAGAACCGUGAACAUUGUCAGAGAUGGGAAGACAGAGACACUGGUCACCAUACCAAGGGGCUGGUAUCCACGAGGAGUGUGUUGUACCAGGACAGGGGACAUCCUAGUUAGUAUAUGUACUACUGAUCAUAAAAAUAAAAUAGUCCAAUAUCAGGGACAAAGAGUGACACAGGAAAUAGAUAAAGAUGAACAAGGUGAUCCAAUCUAUCAAAGAGGAGAAUAUGGAAUGUUUGUGGUGGAGAACAACAAUGGAGACAUAGUGGUCUCUGAUAUCAAUGCUAAAGCAGUGGUAGUGGUGGACAGGACAGGAAAAGUCAGAUUCAGAUACAACAAACCUCCAGGGGGGAAGAAAUCAUUCUGUCCUUGUCAAAUAGUGACAGACUCCAUGGGUCACAUCAUUGUGGCUGAUGAAUUCAAUGACUGUCUACACAUCAUAGAUCAGAAUGGACAACUACUUAGGUGUGUGGAUAAUUGUGGACUAGAGCGUCCUACUGGACUGAGUGUGGACAGUGAGGGCAGGCUGUGGGUUGGGUUAAUCAAUUCAGGGAAAAUGAAAGUCAUCCAAUUCGUGAAAUAG